AUGGCGUCUGAUUCGGGCCCUGCCUCCUCGGACCCGCUCCUCCCCGGCCCCCGCGCGCCGUCCACGGGCGGCUGGAGGUCCGCCCUCUUCAUAAUCUGGGUGGAGGUGGCGGAGCGGUUCGCGUACUACGGCAUCUCGUCCAACCUGAUCAGCUACCUGACCGGCCCGCUCGGGCAGACCACGGCGGCCGCCGCCGCGGCGGUGAACGCGUGGUCGGGCGCCGCGUCAAUGCUGCCGCUCCUCGGCGCCGCCGUCGCCGACUCCUGGCUCGGACGCUACCGCACCAUCGUCGCCUCCUCCGUGCUCUACAUCACGGGCCUUGGGAUGCUGACGCUCUCAUCAAUUUUCAAAUCACCUCAACAAUGCCGUGACUCCGCCGACGGAUGCUCGACUUCCUCCCUCCAGACGGCCUUCUUCUACGUCUCCCUCUACCUGGUGGCCAUCGCCCAGAGCGGGCACAAGCCCUGCGUCCAGGCCUUCGGCGCGGACCAAUUCGACGCGACAGACCCUGACGAGUCCGUGUCCCGGGCCUCCUUCUUCAACUGGUGGUAUAUGGGGCUCUGCACGAGCGCCACCGUGACGAUCGCGCUCAUGAGCUACGUGCAGGACAACGUCGGCUGGGCCCUCGGCUUUGGCGUGCCGUCCAUGGCCAUGCUACUCGCGCUCGCCGUCUUCCUGCUUGGCACGAGGACCUACAGGUUCUACGGCUCCCGCGGGAGCAACGAUGGUGGUGCCAGUGCCAGCACGUUCUCACUGGUCCGCAAGGCCUUCGUGGCCUGGAGGAAGAAGAGGUCGCAUGAAGCCGGGUCGGUGGAGCUGGGACACGGUGAUGAGCUCCCCCAGGACGCCGUGCUCGCGGAAGAGGUGAAGGGGCUGGCAAGGCUGUUCCCGAUAUGGACGACGUGCCUGCUCUACGGCGUGGUGUUCGCGCAGCCGCCCACGCUCUUCACGAAGCAGGCGGCGACGCUGGACCGGAGGGUCGGGCAGUCGUUCCAGAUACCCCCCGCGGCACUGCAGUGCUUCCUCGGCGCCAGCAUCGUCACCUGCAUCGUGCUGUACGACCGCUUCCUGGUGCCCGUGGCGCGCGGGGUCACUGGCGUCGCCUCGGGCAUCACCAUGCUGCAGCGGAUCGGCACGGGGAUCUCGCUGUCCCUUGUCACUCUAGUCGUCGCCGCGGUGGUGGAGAUGAAGCGGCUGCGAGUGGCGAGGGACGCCGGCGGCGGCCUGGUGGUGGUGGAUGUGGAUGGCUCUGGCACGUCAGCGGUCCCCAUGAGCCUGUGGUGGAUCGUGCCGCAGUACGUGCUCCUCGGCGCCGCGGACGUGUUCACGAUGGUCGGCGUGCAGGAGUUCUUCUACGACCAGGUCCCCGGGGCGCUCAAGAGCCUCGGGCUGGCGCUCUACCUGAGCGUCCUUGGCGUCGGCAGCUUCAUCAGCAGCUUCCUCAUCACGGUGAUCGAUGGCGUUACGACGAGGAACGGCGGCACCAGCUGGUUCGCCGACGACCUCAACCGGGGUCACCUCGACUACUUCUACCUUCUCCUUGCAGCGCUCACCGCGUUAGAGCUUCUCGCUUUCGCCUACUUCUCAACGUCUUACGUUUACAAGAGAAAGGCAGGCAAUCACUGA